UUGAAAAUCCAGAGGUGUCGCUUCAGAGGUCAAGCUGAGGGGCGCUCGGUGCCGCGUCCUGGUGUGAUCUAGGCUACUUAUUGAUCUCGACCUGCUUUUGAUUGAUCAUCAAGCACUGAAGAAUGCAGUUAGAAAGCAUCCUCCCUGGUGCAUCUGUAAACUUACCCAAGACCUUCUAUAACCUGUCGUCGUCCUCAGAGAGCACCAACAACAGCCCGGGGUCAACACAUCUCGACUUUCAGGAGAUGGACCGGGUCGAGUCCGAGCAGAGUUCCGGUGCCAAGAAGUUCUUGAGCGGUGGAGGCAACGCACUGUUGGAUGAGGGCGAGAGUGAGAGCUUCACCGGGACUAAAGCGCCAGCGGCCGUACCGGACGGGAGAAAAAGUUCUCCGGUGAUCGGUGGGGAGAGUGACCUCUCCAGCGCCCGUCGGUACAACAUUGAUGAACUGGGCACUGAUCGUUAUUUCAUAUCCUCAACCCAACCGAGUUCUGACGUGACCAAUCCGUGCUCUCUCUUCCCGUACGGCGGACAGUCCGGCUCGGUGUACAGCGGUUCUAACGGGUCCCGGUAUUCUUCAUCUCUGCAUUACGGGUCGGUUCUUCCACCCGCCGGGUUCUCAUCCGCCGUGUGCGCCAGUCGGAGUCAGUUUGGAAGCGGGUAUCAGUUCGGACAGGGUCCCGGGUGCCUCUACCCGUCCUAUCCCGGACCGGGGUCCAGUUUGAGCGCGAUGCCCAUCCCGGGCUCGGGCGCCGCAGCUCGGGCGCAAGUUUACCUGUGUAACAGACCGCUCUGGCUCAAAUUUCACCGUCACCAGACUGAGAUGAUCAUCACCAAACAGGGCAGGCGAAUGUUCCCCUUCCUGAGUUUUAAUAUCACUGGACUGAACAUGACGGCGCAUUAUAAUGUGUUUGUGGAGGUGGUUCUGGCCGAUCCGAAUCACUGGAGAUUUCAGGGCGGGAAAUGGGUCACCUGCGGGAAAGCGGACAACAACAUGCAAGGAAACAAGGUGUAUGUUCACCCGGAAUCCCCAAACACAGGCGCACACUGGAUGAGGCAGGAAAUAUCAUUCGGCAAACUGAAGCUGACCAACAACAAGGGAGCAAACAACAACAACACUCAGAUGAUCGUCCUGCAGUCCCUGCAUAAGUACCAGCCACGGCUGCACAUCGUGGAGGUGACUGAGGAUGGAGUCGAGGACAUGAGCAGUGAAGCUAAAACGCAGACCUUCACUUUCCCCGAAAACCAGUUCAUCGCUGUAACGGCUUACCAGAACACGGACAUCACACAACUCAAGAUCGACCACAACCCCUUCGCCAAAGGCUUCAGAGAUAAUUAUGAUUCGAUGUACACCGCUCCUGAGAGUGACAGACUGACCCCCUCUCCUACUGAUUCUCCGCGGUCACACCAGAUUGUGCCCGGUGCCCGCUAUGCAAUGCAGCCCUUUUUCCAAGAUCAGUUUGUAAACAACCUGCCACAAAACCACCGUUUCUACGGCAGCGAGCGCGCCGUGCCACAGACCAACGGCCUGCUGUCCCCUCAAAGCGAAGACUCUGGUGCGAGCUCCGCUUCGGCUCAGCGCUGGUUCGUGGGGCCCGUCCAGCAAAGCGGGGCGUCCACCAAACUGGACCUGUCUUAUGACAGUGACUACUCGGCCUCCAGCCUCUUGCCCUACGGCAUCAAGCCCUUGCCCCUACAGAGCCCGCACGCGCUGGGCUACUACCCCGACUCGGCCUUCGCUUCGAUGGCGGCCGGUUGGAGCAGCAGAAGUUCAUAUCCGAGGAAGAUGACCACAGGCCUGCCUUGGUCGCCCCGGCCGAGCCCUCCGGCGUACACCGACGAUCUGCUGUCCUCUAAAGACAAGCUACAGGACGACGGCUCCACAGCGACCCCAGCGACCGGCGGUACUGGCCCCUGGAUGGAGACUCCACCCAUCCUGAAGGUAGUAGACUCUGGGGACGCCAUCGGAUACUCGAUGCCGUGUAAGAGGAGGCGCAUCUCACCUGGAGGUUCGAGUACAGACGCUUCACCCACUAUAAAGUGUGAGGACUUGAGCUCUGAGGAGUACAACAAAGAGAGCCAUAAAGCAAUGGGUUAUUACGCCUUCUACACAAGCCCUUAAGAACUGCUGUUCACUCGGAUCGUUUAUCAGUUCUCUCUCUCUCUCUCUCAUUUGGUUUGUCUCAAUAUGCCCAUGUUGUGUUUUUAACCUUUUAUUCUGCAAGUGCCAAAGCUUUGUGCCCCCAGUUGUGCUUGUUCAUUUUGGCAAAUUUGUGAAAUUCGAUUCAUUUUUUGGGGAUUUUUACUUUGAUUCUUUUUAAAGCAUGCCCUUAAUUCAGCUUUUAAUCUUAUUUUUAUAUGAACGCAAUGUGACUUUUCCUUUUAUUUAAGAUCCCUCUGUUGUACAGUAUUUGUGCACUUUAGAUUGUGAUGUAUCUUGUACAAAUGUUCU